AUGGCCCUAUCUCUGGCAGUCAGCUGGUACCGGGACAGGAUCUCGGUUUUUAGUCCGCAGCUUCGCGGGAAACCAGGUCAAAAUAGGCUUCCUGAGCCACCCCGGUCAAAAGAGGGGCUAAUGCGCUCGUCCAUUCUGUGGGCGGCCACUGGUACCGGGACAGGAUCUCGGUUUUUAGUCCGCAGCUUCGCGGGAAACCAGGUCAAAAUAGGCUUCCUGAGCCACCCCGGCCUUGUGUGGUCAGACCCAGUGGUGAACAUGAGGAAGGUGACACACCAGAUGGUGAGGGAGCAGCUGGCCAACAGCGUCCUGCUGCCCUGUGUCUUCACCCUGCGCCCCACCCCUACCCACGAGCCCCCCCGCAUCAAGUGGACCAAGGUGUGGGGCCAGAGGGGUGCCGACGGUCGGCAGAGGGAUCAGUCUGUCCUGGUCGCCAAGGACAACGUGGUCAAGGUGAAGAAGGCGUUCCAGGGGCGUGUCACCCUGCCCGGUUACCAGGACAACCGUUUCAACGCCAGCAUGGCACUCAGCGCCCUGCGCUCCAGUGACUCGGGCAUGUUCCGCUGUGAGGUGGUGGUGGGCAUCAACGAUGAACAGGACACCGUUCCCCUGGAGGUCACAGGUGUGGUGUUCCACUACCGUGCUCCUCAUGACCGCUACGCCCUGUCCUUCCCUGACGCCCAGCAGGUGUGUCUGGAGAACUCAGCUGUCAUCGCCACGCCUGCUCAGCUCCAGGCCACCUUUGCUGACGGGUAUGACAACUGUGAUGCCGGCUGGCUGUCUGACCAGAGCGUGAGGUACCCUAUCCAGUCACCCAGGCCGGGUUGCUAUGGUGACAGGGAGGACUCACCUGGAGUGCGCAACUACGGCAAUCGGGCCCCUGACGAGCUGUUUGAUGUCUACUGCUUUGCCAAGCAACUGCAAGGUGAGGUGUUCCACUCGUCUGUACCAGAGAAGCUGAGCCUGGCCACAGCCUCUACCCAUUGCCACUCUCUGGGAGCCCAGCUGGCCACGGCAGGGCAGCUCUACCAAGCCUGGCAGACUGGCCUGGACCAGUGUGACCCAGGCUGGCUGGCCGACGGCAGUGUGCGCUACCCCAUAAACCUUCCCCGACGCAACUGUGGCGGGGAUGAUCCGGGUGUGCGCACUGUCUACCACAACCCCAACCGCACUGGUUUCCCAGACACCACCACCCGCUUUGACGCCUACUGCUACCGAGAACGUGAAGCAGGAGUCCAGGCAGCCCAGCCAGUGGGGUUCCUCCAAUACAGAGACCCAGAGGCCAAUUCCUCAGACACUGAGCCCCAGCACUCUGCCCCCUACCCCCAUCCCUCCACCUGGACUGGCAUGGCAGACCUGGACAAGGAGGGCAUCAGCUCCAUCACUGGAGGCAACGAGUCCUCCGAGAUCUCUGAGGAGCACGUGGUAAUCCACCUCCGGCCAGGGGAGAGUACCCAGGGCUGGGGAGAGGAGAACCAGGAGACCAAGGGGCGAUCUAAGACUGGGGCCCCUCAGAACCCAUCCUCCAGCCCCAAUACCAGCACCCUGGGUCUGUCUGUCCUGGAGAGUCUAGAGACCCACGGAGGUUCUGCCCAGGAAGAGGUGGAGGGCGAGGGGGAUGAGGAGUGGCGUUUCGGGUCGUCCGACUCCCCUCUGUCCUCCCAGGCCUCUCCAGUGCUCCAGACCCAGACAGCCAAUAACAUUCUCCACAGCUUCGUCAACAACCUGAUGAAGCCCUUCAGGUAUUGGACAGGCUCUGUGGAGGCUGGCACAGAGGCAUCUCUCCCAGCCACACCUGCCUCACUUCCCGAGGUGAGAGGAGUACAGGAUCAGACAACCCCGGGGUUGGCUAUAGUCACACCCACCGAAGGGAAGCAAAAGCUGGGCAGUAAAGGAAUCACGGACAACGCUAUCAUAGAGCAUCGGAUUCGAGGCUCCUUGCUCAAGACAUCCAUCAAUGGACUCACCAGCACAGAGGAGGGUCUGCCUGAUCAGGAUAGAGAGGUGGUCACGUUAGUCCCAUUGGGCCCUGUGAUCCAAUACACACUCACCCAGCCUGGGAGGAAGGGUCCUAGCAUGUCCCUAACCAACCCUCAAGGAUCAUCGUCUAAUGGAUUCACAGCAGUGGGACCCGGUGUGAAUAGCAAGGCCGUGGAGGCUGUGAAUGGAUCAGGAGGCCCCCUCCAGGGCAUUUGGGGUGGGUUGGCUUCAUCCCUAGGGACCCCGGAACCAUACCCAGGCAGCCAGCUGAGAUGGGCCCUGAAGGCCAUGAAGGGCUCCAAGCUGGAGGCCCCAGGACAGGGACACGUGGCCUACAUGGGGAAGGAUUCCACCUGGGAGCCCAUGGAGGCCAAAGCGGGGCCCCUAGAGGUCAUGACCCUGUCUACCAACCCAGAGAGCUACUCUGGUGAGGGGAGAGAUCAGAAUGAGGACCGCAGCAUCCCCCGAUCCAUCGUGGAGAGAGAGGACAAAGAGACAGAGGCAGAGGGAAGCGGGAGAGGCGGGAACGACUUUCCAGGUGGCUUUGGAUCAAACAGUGACAUGAACCCAGGCAGCGGUGCCAGCAGCAGCACAAAGCCUCUUCUGUCUGGAUUGAAACCCACCGAGACCCAGAGCCAGAACCAGACUCUGACAGAACACACCACUAUGUUUCAGUGGCAGCUAGUGGACGAGCCCACCACCUCAUCUACUGCUGCCUCUGCUGCUGGCUCCAGCCGGGGCCCGGGGAGUACCGCUGAGGAGGCCAGGGGAGAGAUUGUCUAUGUCCGACGCCCUACUGAGAAGCUCCUUCCAACCACCUCCAGUAAGAAAGAUGGCUUCCCCCCUGUGAUCAGAAAGCAGAGCCUGAGUACAGCCAGGGGGACUGAGAGACAACGAAGCCCAAAUGAGGCCACCACACCUGGGUUCACCUCCAGACCUGCAGCUUCUAUGGAGCCCCUGACAACCAUCAAAACUUCCAAAGCAAACAACCAGAGAAACGACUCCAGUGAUUCUACCUCUACCAAGGAGCCACCCAUCUCCAUUGCACGGGUUCCGGUAGAUAGAGAGGAGACAGCUAGUACCACAUCUCUGACCAGAGAUGGACCCCAAACAACUGCAGCUUCGACUCAGCUGACCACGGCGUUGUCCUUUCUGAAGGGCAGCGACCAUGAGGAAGAGUCCAGGUUAGCUGUUUCAGAAUCAUUCGUGGUGGGAAAAGGAUGGAAGCCAUUGGGAGGGAUGAAGCCCACGUCUAAGGAGGACAAAACCCCUGUGACCACAGAGAAGACGGAGAAGAGAGAGAAGACCACGUUUGGUGUCGUUAUGCCCAGCUGGGGCGUUGGCCUCAACCCUUCAGCUGAGGACAACCCAUGUCAGACCAGCCCCUGUCUGCAUGGAGGCAGCUGUCUGCAGGAGGGCGACGGUUACAGCUGCUACUGCCCCCAGGGCUACUCCGGAGAGAGCUGUGAGAUCGACAUCGACGACUGCCAGUCAAACCCGUGUCAGAAUGGAGGCACCUGUAUCGACGAGAUCAAUUCCUUUGUGUGCCUGUGUCUGCCCAGCUACGGUGGAGCCACUUGUGAGAAAGACACGGAGGGCUGUGAACACACAUGGAGGAAGUUCCAUGGCCACUGCUACAGGUACUUCAGCCGCAGACAUACCUGGGAGGACGCAGAAAAGGACUGCAGGGAGCACAGCGGACACUUGGCUAGCAUACAUACACUCCACGAGCAGGACUUCAUCAACGAUCUGAGCCAUGACAACACCUGGAUCGGCCUGAACGACAGAACAGUAGAGGAGGAUUUCCAGUGGACUGACAACAUGGACCUGCAAUAUGAGAACUGGCGUGAGAACCAGCCGGAUAACUUCUUUGCGGGGGGAGAGGACUGUGUGGUGAUGAUCGCCCACGAGAACGGCAAGUGGAACGAUGUGCCCUGCAAUUACAACCUGCCCUACGUCUGCAAGAAGGGAACAGUGCUGUGUGGGAACCCCCCCAACGUGGAGAACGCCUUUCUAAUUGGCCGUAAGCGGUCCCACUAUGACAUUCAUUCAUUGGUGCGUUACCAGUGUGCCGAUGGGUUCCUCCAACGUCACGUCCCCACGGCCAAGUGUCGUGCCAACGGCAAGUGGGACCGGCCCAAGAUCAUCUGCACAAAGUCCCGACGAGCCCACCGCUACAGACGGCACCAUGAUCACAGCGGGAGAUGGGAGCGUAAAAAGCACAAUAAACACAGCCAUGGACACGGUGAGGGAGGCCACCACGGAGGAGACCAGGGCCACAGGCACGGCCAUGGACACGGAGGCCACCACGGAGGAGACCAGGGCCACAGGCACGGCCAUGCUCAUGCCCACAUCUGAACCGAAAGCCUCCACAGCCCAAACCUCACCUCACUGCCCAGUCUCCCUCUCUACUGCUCUCUACCCCCUGUCCACCCCCUCUCCUGCCCUUUUCCUGACCCCACAGCCUGGCUCCCCGAGCCAGCAUGUAUCAUACUCAACUUUGAGGCCUGACAGCCGACUGCUAGGCCUCACUGAGACAAUAACAAUCCCUUUGUACUCUUUUCUUUACCUUCAACACUUUCCUUUUCUUUCAUUUAUCCCUCCCCCUUCACGACCUACUGUCAUCGAGUCAGUGAGGACCCAGGAUACGGGGCUUUACUCACCUAAUUAAGCUUUUGUUUACAUAAACAAUUGUGGAGGAGGAGAUUUAGUACAAGCUGUAAAUAGUGACAACAUCAUUGGAAUCAGAAGUCGAGGAAUAGAUAGAUACAUGCAUCCAUGUUUUUCCACGAGUCUUCAUUCUAACAGACUUGUUGUCUGAGUGUAUUUCCUGACUUUGCUGUUUUUGGUUAGCUCUUUGUAAGACAUUUGACUUAAUAACCUACAACAGUUAUUCUGAACAGAUUGACAUGCUUUGCUUUGACACUGGUGCUUGUACUGAUUGAGUAGCGUUGUGUUUCAGCAUCGUAAGACAGACACUUUGGACUGGGUGUACUAGGUGCACAGAGGAAAACAGAGAUAACUCACAGUUAGCUUGUAUCUGAGUCAACCUCACACCACUGAGGUCAAAUCAAAUCGAAUCAAGCAUCCACAGCAGUCUUUUUUUAAAGCUGAACUGGAAAUGUUACUUUAAUGGUUUCUUCUAACAAUAUCAUCCUACGGUAUGUGUUGCCUUUCUAAGUCAUUCUGUGUUCCUGCUUAAGUACUAGAGGAGAUUGCUAGUUGGUUGUCGAGAAACCCAACCCAGAAAAGCUGUUACCUUUGAACUGGACAGAUUGUGAUUGAGUCUGGUUUUCCAGCUAGCUAAUAGGCAAUGAUCCUUCAUUAGAAUCCUGUCAUGCCUAUCACCACACUCUCCUAUUCCAUCUGUGUCUCUAAAUUGAAGGUCUGUUCAUCGUCUACCUUAGAGCUCUACUUCUCUGGCCAGCUGAGGAGAAAUUGUUCUGUCAGACUGUCAGAGAGAGAGAGAGAAGGACAUGUGGAGAAAUAGAGAGAGAGAGAAAAAUAGAGAGGAGCAAGGAAUCUGGACUCUUAAUUACAGUUGUCCCCGUUCUCCAGCACAUCAAACAGAGGGAUGACAGGGCUCUCUGUGCAGCCGUCGGGUACAGAGCUGGGGCCAUAAUUAGCUUCAGAAGUACUGCUAAUAGGACAUGGGGCCAUAAAGUCGGGAUGACUACCAGAAGAGACCUGGGCUGGGGGGGGGGGGGGGGGGGGCAAAGAACCAGAGCUGUUGGAAAAGGCAGAGGUGGCUGGGUUCAGAGCCCAAUCUCAGUGAGGGUUGUGUGGGGUUAACAGUGAAGCGACAGGACUCACAGAAGAUGCUAGAAAAAUUAUAGAUGGUUAGAAGAGAUAAAGCACUUUUGUUUUUCUGGACAUGGAGGCAAUUGGCUAUCGUUCACAUUGUUUCACAAUAGUACUCACUCCAGGUGUGUCCUGGUUUUAAACAGGUGUACUGCAGCCUGGGAUAAGACCCGGCCCACCUCCUCUCUGCAGCCGCUAAAAAAUGAGACAAGUUUUGUUUUUCACUGCAGGGUCCGACUGAUUCUCUAAAGCUCCUUUAUCACCUUAUGCAAUUCCUCUGAGCUUACAUCCCCCUCUUUCUCUUUCUUUCUCUCCUCUCUCUUUUUGCUCUCUCUCUCUCUCUCUCUCUCCCUCUCUCUCUCCCUCCCUCCCUCUAUCUCUCUCUCUCUCUCUCUCUCUCUCUCUCUAUCUCUCUCUCUCUCUCUCUCUCUCUCUCUCCCUCCCUCCCUCCCUCACUCCUCCAGUUCUUCCCUUGUCUUUCAUCCUCAGCCCUUUAUCCACCUUGUCAAUGACACAGAUGGGGAAGAGAAAGAAAAGAGAGAGAGGCUCCAUAUCAGUACAAUUCAUCUCCCUUAAAGCAUGCUUAAUUAAUGAAGAGGUUAUCAUCCUGACCUUUGUCCCUGGCUGUGAUGGCAGUGGCUAUGCUCUGACGGAUAGGGAGCCACAGGCCUUUCACAGCACUCAAGCUCUGACGUCUUUAACAUGUCAGUCUAAUACCUGCUUUUUUCUACCUGCUUUUUUCUAUCCGUCUACUAUUCCAGACAUUCCAGACAAUGGAUUGACUAUGGGUGGGUGCUCCUUGGGCAUUUCAAUCAGCUGAGAUUCUCAUAGAGAAAGCGUGAUGACUAUGAUUCAUAUGGACAUAAGCAGGUCAAUGCGUGUCUGUCUCUCACAGUAAUACGAGGGACAGAGUGGUGUGUGUGACAGGAAGAACAAAUAUGAACAGAGGUGAUUGGAUCUCUCUCUCGCGUGACAGAACUAUAAAACUAUAACAAACAGAGACUUCUGAGAGAGAGACUGGGCUUGAAUGAGGUGUGAGGAUCCAAUCAGAUGUUGGAUAUGAUUAGGGAGUAGAGAUGGAGUCCUGGUUGUUUUAUAGGACAGUGGAGGCUGACCAACAUGUCUUGCUUGGCUGGUAGUCAUCCUCUCGUCUAGGAAGAUGAUCUCCCCACCAGACCCGCUGGUUAUUGCAGGUCUCCUGGAGCAAUGGGUCAACUCAGAUCAAUGUGCUCCGUGGAUGGUGUGGGCCUGCUCUGAUGCACACAGAUAUACCCUCAAUCUCUGACACUCACAGACACAUACUCUCUCUCUCUCUAUCAUAGAGACACAUUCUCUCUCUCUCUAUCAUAGAGACACAUUCUCUCUCUCUAUCAUAGACACAUACUCUCUCUCUAUCAUAGACACAUUCUCUCUCUCUAUCAUAGAGACAUACUCUCUCUCUAUCACAGACACAUACUCUCUCUCUAUCAUAGAGACAUACUCUCUCUCUAUCACAGACACAUACUCUCUCUCUCUAUCAUAGAGACAUACUCUCUCUCUAUCACAGACACAUACUCUCUCUCUCUAUCAUAGAGACAUACUCUCUCUCUAUCACAGACACAUACUCUCUCUCUCUCUAUCAUAGAGACAUACUCUCUCUCUAUCACAGACACAUACUCUCUCUCUCUCUAUCAUAGAGACACAUUCUCUCUCUCUCUAUCAUAGAGACACAUUCUCUCUCUCUAUCAUAGACACAUACUCUCUCUCUAUCAUAGACACAUUCUCUCUCUCUAUCAUAGACACAUACUCUCUCUCUAUCAUAGACACAUUCUCUCUCUCUAUCAUAGACACAUUCUCUCUCUCUAUCAUAGAGACAUACUCUCUCUCUAUCAUAGACACAUACUCUCUCUCUCUAUCAUAGACACAUACUCUCUCUAUCAUAGACACAUACUCUCUCUCUAUCAUAGACACAUACUCUCUCUCUCUAUCAUAGAGACACAUACUAUUUCUAUCAUAGACACAUACUAUCUCUAUCAUAGACACAUACUCUCUCUCUCUAUCAUAGACACAUACUAUCUCUAUCAUAGAGACACAUUCUCUCUCUCUAUCAUAGACACAUACUAUCUCUAUCAUAGAGACACAUACUCUCUCUCUCUAUCAUAGACACAUACUAUCUCUAUCAUAGAGACACAUUCUCUCUCUCUAUCAUAGACACAUACUAUCUCUAUCAUAGAGACACAUACUCUCUCUCUAUCAUAGACACAUACUCUCUCUCUAUAUCAUAGAGACACAUUCUCUCUCUCUAUCAUAGACACAUACUAUCUCUAUCAUAGAGACACAUACUCUCUCUCUAUAUCAUAGAGACACAUUCUCUCUCUCUAUCAUAGACACAUACUCUCUCUCUAUCAUAGAGACACAUUCUCUCUUCCCUAUCUGACUCACUCUCCCACUCUCUCUCACCCUCUCUUUCUCUGACACAUACACACACGCUUACACACUUUCAUCUUGAUAUACACCCUCGAUUCAAACACACACACGCAGCCACCCGUUUUCUCCCUCUCUUCCAGCUGCCCUCCCUCUCCAGCUCUGUAGUCUGAUGGCCUGAAGGCAGACAGACGGCCGACGAUGGGAUCGCUGCUUCAUUGUGAUGAACCUUAAUUAUGAAGACGAGUCACUAAACAACUGAGGUCGCCCACAGCUGUCUGCUGCCACGGCACGGCAUGGUCGCCCACAGCGGUCUGCUGCCACGGCACUGCAUGGUCGCCCACAGUUGUCUGCUGCCACGGCACGGCAUGGUCGCCCACAGCGGUCUGCUGCCACGGCACGGCAUGGUCGCCCACAGCUGUCUGCUGCCACGGCACGGCAUGGUCGCCCACAGCUGUCUGCUGCCACGGCACGGCAUGGUCGCCCACAGCGGUCUGCUGCCACGGCACGGCAUGGUCGCCCACAGCUGUCUGCUGCCAUGGCACGGCAUGGUUCACCCACAGCAGUCUGCUGCCACGGCACUGCAUGGUCGCCCACAGCGGUCUGCUGCCACGGCACUGCAUGGUCGCCCACAGCUGUCUGCUGCCACGGCACUGCAUGGUCGCCCACAGCUGUCUGCUGCCACGGCAUAGUCGCCCACAGCGGUCUGCUGCCACGGCACUGCAUGGUCGCCCACAGCUGUCUGCUGCCAUGGCACUGCAUGGUCGCCCACAGCUGUCUGCUGCCACGGCAUAGUCGCCCACAGCGGUCUGCUGCCACGGCACUGCAUGGUCGCCCACAGCUGUCUGCUGCCAUGGCACGGCAUAGUCGCCCAUAGCUGUCUGCUGCCACGGCACAGAGAGGGAGAGAGAGAGAGAGAGAGAGAGAGAGAGAGAGAGAGAGAGAGAGAGAGAGAGAGAGAGAGAGAGAGAGAGAGAGAGAGAGAGAGAGAGAGAGAGAGAGAGAGAAAUCCAUUUCACUUGCUUUGGCAAUGUAAACAUAUGAGCGGGAGUGGGAGAGUAGUGGGAUACUGCUUAAUUAGAACUGCACUCCGCACGGUUGGCAAACUGUGUGUGUGUGGAUGAGUAGAUGCGCAGUCAGGUAGCGUGUGAUUGGAUCAGAGUUUGGAAUAAUAUGAGCAGAGGAGAAGUUCACUUUCUGUCGUCUGACUCAGGUAGCAAUAGACAAGCAGCCUGAGAGGAAGAAAACUCUGUUAGCAUUCUGAAGCACAAGCUGUAAUGAGAUGUUAACCUUGCCCUUUUGUAUUUACGUUGUUCUGGGAGUGAGAGGAGGAGGACAGGAGCGAGGCAGGAGCGGAGAGGAGAAGGGAGAGAGCACUGCCCUCUAUUUAAUCUGGGCCCUGCGUUAGCUGGAAACAUCCAUCAAUGACUACAUACACUGCUUUAGUAUGAUCAACGUGUGUAUCUCAUCUCCAUCUCCUCUCCUCCUCUCCUGUCCUCAUUUCACUCCUCUCCUCCUCCCCUCCCCUCCCCUCCCCUCAGUGCUGGUGUACAGCAGCCCAUUGAGGGCAGUUAAUCCUGACACUAAACCCCAACACCACAAGACUCUCUACUGUAGCUCACCGUCAUCUUUCUACCAUGCUGCUGGUGAAUCAGAUGACAGCUCUGUAGCAACAGAGGCAUUAAAGCCACCGCUGUGUCAGUUCUGUCUCCAGCCCCUCCAGUAAAAGAAGAUUCAGCGUAGCGGUAGUCCCGUGCCGAGGACACCUGCUUUCUGACUGCUAGAGAGUAGCAUCACCUGUUAUGGUAUUAACCCUACGAGAGGAGAAUGACAUUCACUCUAUGAGCCUGAGAAGCUGUGGUAGAUGUGAUUGUUUUUAUCAGAUCAUUUUUGCUAGAUACCACCCAUAUCAGAUGUUAAACUUCGUACAUCGACAAGCUGAUCAGAGUGGGGAAUAACUAUUGAAUCUGUUGGAGGUGAGGUGCGUACUGGCAGCAGAGAAGUCAGGUGCAGGAGAGCGAAAACUGAUUUACAACGGUGUCGUUUAAUCAACAGAAAUCACCGUCAACAGAACAAUACAAUAAAUGGGUCAAACAAAACCCGGUAAUAGAAACAAUUAUGGACAAGGACAUGGGGAAGAACAGAGGGUUAAAUACACAACAUGUAAUUGAUGGAAUUGGAAUCAGUUGUGAUGGAAGACAAGACAAAACAAAUGGAAAAUGAAAAGUGGAUCAGCGAUGGCUAGAAGAUCGGUGACUUCGACCGCCGAACGCCUCAUGAACAAGGAGAGGGACCAACUUCGGCGGAAGUCGUGACAGCCGCGCGAUCCGGACGAAGACGGUGGAACUCCUGCAGCAUUGAAUGGUCUAACACGUCCUCGCCCGGAACCCAGCACCUACCCCUCCCACUCCACGAGAUACUGAAGGCCUCUCGCCCGACGCCUCGAAUCCAGUAUGGAGCGAACGGAGUACACCGGGGCCCACCCAAUGUCCAGAGGGGACGGAGGAACCUCCCGCACCUCAGACUCCUGGAGCAGGCCAGCCAACACCGGCCUGAGGAAAGACACAUGGAACGAGGGGUUAAUACAGUAAUCGGUUGGAAACUGUAACCUUUAACAAACCUUGUUCACUCUCCUCAGGACUUUAAAUGGCCCCACAAACCGCGGACCCAGCUUCCGGCAGGGCAGGCGGAGGGUACAGGUUUCGGGUCGAGAGCCAGACCCGGUCCCUCACCGGGAUCUGAUUCAGACCCCGAUAGUCAAUACACAGGCGCAGACCUCCCUCCUUCUUCUUCACAAAAAAGAAACUCGAGGAGGCGGGUGAAGUGGAGGACCGAAUGUACCGCUGACGCAGGGAUUCAGAGACAUAUGUUUCCAUAGCCACCUUCAGUCUUCGCCUGUGAGAGGGGAUACACGUGACUCCAGAGAAGUGCAGCGUCUACCAGGAGAUUUAUCGCACAAUCGCCCCUUCGAUGGGGUGGUAAUUGAGUCGCCUUCUUUUUAGAAAGGCGAGAGCCAAAUCGGCAUAUUCAGGGGUGUAAUGCGCACGGUGGAGACCUGGUCUGGACUCUCCACCGUAGUAGCACCAACAGAAACCCCUAAACACCUCCCAGAGCACUCUCGCGACUUCCUCGUGAGGGUCCUCUUUUGCCAAGAAACAGUGGGGUUAUGACAAGCUAACCAGGCUAGGCCCAGCACCACGGGAAACGCAGGAGAGUCAAUAAGGAAGAGACUAAUUCUCUCCUUGUGACCCCCCUGCGUCACCAUGCCCAGAGGAGCGGUGACCUCCCUAAUCAACCCAGACCCUAAUGGUCGACUAUCUAAGGCGUGAACGGGGAAGGGCACAGCCACGGGAACAAUGGGGAUCCCUAAACUAUGGGCUAACGCUCUAUCAAUAAAAUUCCCAGCUGCGCCUGAAUCGACGAGCACCUUAUGCUGGGAAUGCGGGGAAAACUCAGGGAAAGUGACAUACACAAACAUAUGUGCAACAGAGGGCUCUGGGGGAGAGUGGUGCCGGCUCACCUGGGGUGACACCAGAACGCCCUGCCUGCUGCCUCAAUCCUCAGAGGAACCGUCCCAGCACCGACCGGCGGUGUGAUCUCUGCGGCCACACGAGCUGGUGCACGAGCUGGAACCCCCUCCGGUCACCCUGCGCAGCGCCCCUCCCAGCUCCAUGGGUAUCGGAGAGGGGGUGCGGGAGGAUGGAACCACCAGACCCCGAUCUGAACGUCCGCGGGUAGCCAGCAGGUUGUCCAGCCGGAUGGACAGGUCCACCAGCUGGUAGAACGUGAGGGUGGUAUCUCUGCAGUCCAGCUCCCGACGGACGUCCCCGCUCAGACUGCAGCGGUAAUUGUCGAUCAGGGCCCUGUUGUUCCAUCCCGCGCCGGCAGCCAGGGUCCUAAACUCCAGGGCGAACUCCUCGUUUCCUGCCUCAGAUGAAAGAGGUGCUCACCCGCCGCUCUAACCUCGGCCGGGUGGUCGAAGACUGCCUGGAAACGGCGGGUGAACUCCUCAAACUGGUCCAAUGCCCCAUCUCCCUCUCUCCACACGGCGUUGGCCCACUCCAGGGCUUUCCCAGUGAGGCACUAGAUGAGGGCGGACAUCCUCUCACGGCCCGACGGAGCCGGGUAGACGGUGGCCAGGUAUAGGUCCAAUUGUAGAAGGAACCACUGGCAGUUCGCAGCCUUCCCGUCAUAUUCCAGGGGCAGGGAGAGACGAAUCCCACUGGGACCAGGAGGAAGAGAGGCGCUCAGGGGAGACCCCGGUUGUGCUGGUGGAGGCGCUGGAAGAACUCCCUGUCUCUCCCAGCGAUCCAUUGUCUGGACAACGCGGUCCAUGGCGGUGCCAAGAUGGUGGAGCAUUUCUGCAUGCUCCCGGACGCGCUCCUCCACCCCUAAUACCCGGGGUACCUGCUCCUGCUGACUCCAUAAUUUUGGUCCAUAAUUCUGUAGUGAGGUGCGAACUGGUGGCAGAGAAGUCAGGCGCAGGAGAGCGACAACUGAUUUACAACGGUGUUGUUUAAUCAACAUAAAUCACCUUCAACAGAAUAAUACAAUAAAUGGGUCAAACAAAACCCGGUAAUACCAGCAUACCGUGCAACAAGCACUACAAGAAACAAUUACGGACAAGGACAUGGGGAGAACAGAGGGUUAAAUACACAACAUGUAAUUGAUGGGAUUGGAACCAGGUGUGAUGGAAGACAAGACAAAACCAAUGGAAAAUGAAAAGUGGAUCAGCGAUGGCUAGAAGGUCGGUGACUUCGACCGCCGAACGCCACCCGAACAAGGAGAGGGACCAACUUCGUCAGAAUUAGUGACAGCACUGCAGACAGACAGCUCAUUAAUUUCAUGGUUAGUCUGUCUGAGGUACUGUUAGAGUGUCUGUGAGACUGGCAGCAUAAAUUGAUAGGUCUAAUGUAUAUUGCUGACUGGUACCUAACCUACCUGUCCUCAGUGUCUUUGCAAGCUGACUUUUUGAACUUGUUCAUUUCCUGGUUUGUUUUUGAGUUGCCAGACACUAUUCUCUGUCCCUCCCUGUGUGUUUUUAAAUCGACUCCAAAACAACAUUGUGUGUGUUUGUGUGACUGUUUUGACCCUAAAAUCAAUUCCUUCUGUUUUACAUGAUAUUCCCAUAGCAGAGAAAUGGUAACCCAUAGCUGCCAAGCACUGGGUAUUCAUUAGUUAUGUGAACUAACUAUGUUGGCAUCCUAAUUGAUGUACAAUCCCCUUACUAGACCAGAAUUUGUUUAAUCUGGAGUGUUGAAAUUAUUUCUAAGAAUUAGCAGUGAAGAGCUUAUUUACUCCUUUUUGUAUGUGGUUACAUACAGUACAGCGUUACAUACUGUUAAUUAACUGAGUUAACAUUUUGUCACUGUCAAGAAACCAGCACUUGCUCUGAGGAAGGAAGCUACAAACUGAGAGAAUGGGAAACGAGGGAUCCAGUCCCGUAGCAGCCAAGACCACAAAUCACUCCUCUUCUCCUCUCGUCCUUUCCUCCUCUCUGUGAUGUAAAUACUGUGUGGGAUUUUUAAAAUAAUUUUGAACCAUGGGUGUGUUUGUUGCUUAGACUCGCUGGACCAUAUUCAUACAGUCUCAGUACCCAACGCUCCGUUCACCAGACAGAUGGGAGAGACACAACACUGCUGUUAUGCCGCUGCUGCCACAUCAUUAGAAUGAGAGGAUCAACACUUCCUUUGGUGAGCCUAAAGUGACACAUUACAGUUCUGACACAACACCGCCUCCCCCAGUAUGCAGCAGCACUACAAGGACUAUAGUACAAGCACAGAUAUGUUGUGUGAUGAUCUUGAUGAUGAGACAGACUGUGUGAAUCUGGUCCUCAAGUAUUCAUCCGUAUUUAUUGAUGUUCUUAUAAAUUCCAGUCCUAUCAUAUUGUAUGAUAUUCUUUACAAGACAAAUGAUCAUUAAAAAACUUUGAUUGGAUCCGUUA